AUGCCAAAUCUUUUUUUGAAAAGGAAACAAAUAAAUUUAUUGGACAUAAAUUUAAAGAAAAGUUUAUACAAACAUAAUGAAAUAAAUCUUGAUAAAAAUGAUAAAAAAAAAUAUUUUGUUUUUUUGAGAAGAAUUAAAAAUCAAGAGAAGAUUAGUCUAAUUGGGAAUUUAAAAUAUAAUAAGAAUAUUCAAAUAUUUCGAAAAAAUUUAAAAAAAAAAAAAACACAUUUUGAUUAUUGUAAUUUUUUAAAAGCAGAUAUAAUAACAUUACUAAAAAUUGAUGUUGAAAAAUUAAAAAAAAAAAAUAAUAAAUCAUAUUUUUUUAUAACAAAUCGAAAAAGCGCAUUUAAAAAAAUUAUACACAAUUAUAUACACAAUCAUAUACCAAAUUCUAGUGACAUUUUGUUUAACUUAAUAAAAAAUAAAUACAUUCCAAAUUCAAGUUUAUAUGAUUUAUUAGUUAUAUUAAAACUAGGUUUUUAUUUUAAAAAUGUUGAAAAAUUUAAGAUACCUGCAUUGGAAGCAUUCGUAAAUAAGCUCGAAGAUAUCGAAGAAAAAAAUAGCCGACAAAAUGGCUCAACGUUAAAAAAAAAAAACAAAUUAAUAUUAACAUAUCAACAUAUAAAAGAUUAUAAAUUUUUUACUAAACAUAAUGAUGCUGACAAUACUCCUUACAUUUUCGAUUUAACACAUUUUAUAAACAAUAUUAUUGAUAAUAACAUAUCACUGGAUUCGAUUUCAGCUAAGGGAAAAUCGAACCAUCCUGAGGCGACCAAUUCUGAGGAGACCAUUUUUAAGGGAACCAGUUUUAAGGGAAGCAAUUCCUUAGCAAAUCCGCAAAACAUUCAAAAUGAGCAACACAGUGAAUUAUGCAAAUUUGAAGGAAAGCGUCGAAACGAAAAAGGUGAAAAUAAAAGUGGAGAAAAUAGUAAAAAAAUAAAGGCUACACAAAUAAAGGCUACACAAAUAAAGGCUGCAAAAAUACAGGCUGCAAAAAUAAAGGCUGCACAAAUAACGGCUGCAAAAAAAAAUGACUGCAUAAAUAAAAAAGAUGAAAUAUACAUUGACGAAAUAAAAUACUUUUUUUACAACAAAAAGGUAAACACUUUGGGUGUGUAUAAAGAAAUAUAUGAAAAAUCGGAUUAUUAUAAAAAUUUGAAGUUUUAUGAGCGUCUUGCCAAGGUGAAAUGUGGAAAAGGUGGAGAAAAUGGAGAAGGUGGAAAAAAUGGGGAAGGUGGAAAAAAUGGAGAAGGUGGAAAAAAUGGGGAAGGCGAAAAAAAUGGGCAGGGUGUGGUGGAACUGAGGAAUGAGUACUUUAAGUGCAAGGAUAUAAGAAAUAAUUACAAAAGAGAGAAAAAAAAUUUUGAAAAUAACGAAUUAAUAAAUAUUUCCAAUAGAUAUUUAAUAAAAGAAAAUAUUUUAAACAAAAUUUUAUUAAUAUGUAUAAAUAAUUAUGAUGAAAAAAUUUAUAAAUAUAUGAAAUAUUUAUAUUUUUGUAAUUUUUAUUUUUAUAAUCCAUUAUUAAUUUUUCAGUAUUUUCAUUUUAUUCCAAUAAAUGAAAAUAAAUAUUAUGAAAAAUAUUUAAAAAUAUUUCUAAAAUUUUUAAAUAAUAUAAUUAUUAAUUUUCAUUUUUAUUUAAUUCCAUUUUUUACAAAUUUAAAUUAUUCAAAUUUUUUUUUUGAAUUUUAUAAAAAACAAUUAAAAAUAUCUUGGGAAAAAACAAAUGUAAAAAUAUACAAAAUAGUAACCACCGAUUUGUCUGUAGACUCGAUUUUUUCGACCACCCGAAAUGGUGCAAAAGAAAAAGAAGCAGAGCAGGGCGAAGCAGAGCAGGGCGAACAUUGCAAACAUUAUGAACAGAAUUGCGAACCAAAUUACGAACAGAAUUGCGAACAAAAUUACGAACAAAACUUGGCAUACGCUUUGGCGGUUUUCUACAAACUGUACAAAGACGAUGUUGUUUUGCAAAAAUCGAAACAAAUUUACAAAAAUUCUUUUUAUUUUUAUAAGAGUGAUAUUGAUAAAAAAAAAGACAUCGAAUUUAUAGGAUGCGAAAAUAACAUGGAUAUUUUUAAUAAUUUUUUAAAUUACAAAACAAUAUUUAAUAAGUACCAAAAUGAGUUGUCUCGCAUUUUUUUAAAAAAUAAUUUGUUUCAAUAUUUUAGGGAAAAAAAGGAAAAAAAGGAAAAAAAAGAAAAGGACGAAAAAAAAGAAAAGGAGGAAAAGGACGAAAAGGACGAAAAAAAAUACGUAGACGAACUGCCAAACCUUAAACCUCGAAUAAAUAAGAAUAGACAAAAUUUAAGUGAAGAAAAAGAUGAGAAUAUUUUAAAAAAAAAAAUAAAUUUUUAUUUAACUACUAUUCAAAAAGUGAAAAAUGAAAAAUUAGGUCAACAUUAUUUAAAACAUCCUUAUCAAAUAAAUUUAAUUUUAGAUGAUUAUAAAUUAAAAUAUAAUAAUAUAUCUUUAAAAAAAAAAGAUUUUUUAACAAUUUUUUUAUAUAUGAAUAAAAACCAUUUUGGAGAAUGUAGUAAUUAUUUAUCUAAAUUUAUUUAUUUUUUUUUAAAUAAAUAUUCUGAAAAGGAUAUAAUAAAUAUUUUUGUUAGCUACAUGAAAAAUAAUAGCAGUAAUAGUAGCAGUAAUAGUAGCAGUAGUAGUAGCAGUAGUAGUAGCAGUAGUAGUAGCAGUAGUAGUAAUGGAACAAAUCAGGAUCCAUUUCAAUAUGACUUAUUACUAAUUAACAAAAUUUUAAAUAUAUUUAUUUAUAAAAAAAAAAAUAUAUCUUUAAGUAAUAAUAUAAUAGUUUCAAAUAUAUUAGCAAAAUAUCAAUUAUAUAAUAAUAAUUUUUUUUUAUUGGAUAAGACUAAUUUUGUAAACGAUAUUAAAGAUACUAAUAUACAUUCAUUAGUUGGUUUUAUAUAUUCAAUUGGAAAAUUAAAAAUAAAAAAAAUGCACACCCAUUUUUAUAAGUUAAUUAUAAAAGAAAUUGUUAAAAAAAUGGAUAAAAUAAAUGAAUAUGGAUUAUCUUGUUUAUUAUAUGGAUUAAAUAAUUUAAUAGAUAAAAAAAAAAAAGAAAAAGAAAUAAUUUUACCUAUAUUAAAUAAGGGAAAAUUUUUUAAUUCAAAAAAAAAUAUUUUAUUUCAAGACGAAAAUAACGUUAAUUAUAAUUUGAAUGAUUUAGUAUCUUUAGAAGAAAUAUCAAAAGUUGAAAAUGAAUUAAUAAAAGUUAUAAUAAAUAAAUUAAUUUUUUUUAAAAAUAUAAAUAUAAAUUCUUUUUGUAUAUCAAUAUCAUGUUUAUCAAAAAUUAACAUAUUUCCAAUUGAACUAUAUAAUGAAUUAAGAGAUAUUACUUUUAAAUAUAUACACACUGUUAAUGUUACUUCUUUACAACAUUUAUUACAUGCUUUAUCGAAAUAUUAUAUAAAAACAAAAAAGCAGAUAAACAAUUCUGAUGACUUAAUCUACGAUAUAUAUAACUAUUUAUUUAUUUAUAAAUAUAAAGAAAUAUCUUUUAAAUGUGCAUGUAAAUUUUUGCACAUUUUAAGUUUGUUAAAUUUGAGGAAUGAAGAUUAUAUAUUGUUGCUUCUUUUUGUGAUAUCUAAUAAUCAAAGGCUGUUAGAGAAUGGGCAUGACAAUAAAAAAAGUUAUUUACAUUUUGAAGAUUCUACAAAAAAAUAUCCUAAUUCUAUUUUUAAAAAAUUAGAAAAAAUAAAAGAAGAUACCUAUUUUAAAAGUUCCUAUAAUUCAUACAUGUUUUUUGAUAUAAAAGAUUAUAAAUUUGAUAUAAUUAACAUUAUUAAUAGUUUUAAAAAUAUAGAUAAUAGUUAUAUAAUAAAUAUAAUAGAAAGUCUAUAUGCCUUAUCUUAUUAUUCAUAUUUUUCUAUUCAUAUAUUUAUAAUUAUUAAAAAUAUUUUAAUUAAGCAAAUACAUGAUAUGAAAGUAUCAAAUAUUAUAACCUUAUUUUUUUCGUAUCUUGAUUUACAUUUUUUCGAUUAUUCUUUAUAUAAUAUAGAAUCUAAUUUUUAUGCAAAUGAUGAAAAUAGUUCAAAAAACGAUUCAAAUUCAAAAGAAGUUGACUCAUCUGCAUCGUUUAAAGAUGCACUGCCAUUUGAGGGAACUAUGAAUGUCAAAAUGGAAAAAGAGACCACACCUAAUUUGAAUUUACACAAAGAUAGCGCAACCAACUUGAAUUUGCACCCCCCAAAAAAUGACUGUUUUUUUCUACGAAAUAAACUAAAUAGUGUGUACAUAAAUAUGAGAAAUAAUUUCAAAACAUUAACUGAUGAAGAAAAAAAAAAACAUGUCGAAGAAUUAAAAGCUAUUAUGAGCCAAUUAAAACAAAAUAAAAAAUAUUUUGUUGAAAAUAUUUAUCAGAAUAAUGAUAUAAUUAGUCCAGAAUAUAUUAUAUCCAUGUUAUAUGAUUAUACCAAUUCGAAUAAUGAAUUUUAUAAUAAAACAAGUUUUAUAUCGGAUUCUAAAUUAAGCAAUAAUCAACAAAAUGUUUCAAAUAGUGUAAUAAAUGAUAAGAAAAAAAAAGAGGUAUCUAAAAAAAAUAUUGAAAUUAAUAAAAAAUAUGAACAGAAUACUACUGAUUAUAACUUUGGAUAUGGAAAUAAUACAGAAGAGAAUAAAAAUAAUUUUCUAAAAAAAAAAUAUACAAAUUUAAAUGAAAACCCUAUUUUAUCGUGUACAAAAAAGACAUACAAUUUUGAGGAAAUAAAAAAUAUUGUUGAUAAUUUUGGUUCAGAAAAACCUCAAAAAAUAAACUUAAAAAAUAAAAGCUUAAGUGAAAAAUUAGAAAAAAAACAAUAUUAUGAAAAUUUAUUAUUUUUAAAAUAUAGAGAAUAUUAUAAAGAAGAUUUAGUCAAUUUAUGUUUAGAAACUUUAUUAAAAAAUACAAAUUAUAUUUUAAAUAAUUAUAAACAAUAUAAAAAUUGUAGUAUAUUUUUUUUAUCACUUUUUUAUAAUAUAUUCUUCCCAUACACAAAUAAUGAUAUAUUUAUAUUUUUUAAAUCAAUACAAAAAAAUUAUAAUAUUUAUAAUAAAACAAAAAAUUAUAAUAAUACUCAUAAUUUUGACAAUAUAUUAAAAAAUAUAGAAUUAUCUGAUUUGAAUGAUGAUACUAUAAAAAAUGUUAUUGGAUCUAAAAAUUUAUCACAUGCUUUUAUUAACACCUCAAAAAAUACCCCACACCUCAUUAUACCAUAUUUAAAUAUUUUGCAACAUGAUAAUAAUUUUUUAAAUAAAGCCAUUUUAAAUAAAAAAACAGAAAUUGAAAAUACACAAAAUUAUCAAGUAAACAAUAACCAGGAUACUAGUACUGAAAAGGAACCCAAUCAAACUAACCACAAUAGUGAUAUUAUAAAUGAAUAUGAAUAUUUUAUAAAUACAUAUAAUUCAGAUUAUACUAUGAAAAAAAUAAAUAUUGAAAGCAUCGUUCCUCUCAAUCUUCUUUACAAAUUUUUUCAGUUAUUUAAUUUUAACAUAAACAACAUUCAAUUGAUUCAUCUCUUAAACGAAACAAAUAAGGAAAAUGAUUUUAUUGAAAAAUCUGAAGAAAAUGACAACAGUGAAGAUUUAAAGUUAAAAAAAAAAAAUGAUAUUUUACCUUACCAAUUCAGAAAUAUACAUUGCCCAUUAAUUCAAAUAAAAAAUAAAACCUUAAUUGUUCAUAAAAAUUCGAAAAAAGUUUUUUCGAAAAAUUUAAAUAUUAUAGAUCAUUAUUUUAAACCUUAUCAAGGUUUGGUUAUACAACAUUUGGAUAGUCACAUGAAUACCCUAAUUAAUAUUUAUGUUGAUAUUUAUGUAGUUGCAUAUAAAGUAGAUAUUUUAAUUGAAAGAAAAAGUAGCCACCAUUACACAUGA